AUGCAUGAAGGAAGAUUCAACUACGAAGAGAAAAGUGCUCCAAAAUCAGACGCGUACAUCAGCACAACAGUGCUCAAUGCUCUGAUCUACGAAUAUUUAAUAAAGAGGAAUUAUGCAGGGUCAGCGAAAGUCUUUAAAGUGGAAGGAGAUAUCAGCAAUAUAAAUAUAACACAGGGCUCCAGCGCGCUCUUAGACUGGUUUGUUGCAUUCAAUGAUCUCUACAACGUAAGAAGUGGGCGAGGCAAAUCAUCCGGAAUAGUCAGCAAAAUAGACGCAAUGCUUGGAAAGAUGGCAAAAGAAGAGGGCAAGGAGGAGUACAAGCCCAGGCACACGCAGCCUCCGAGCCAGCAGGCAUCCUGGUACAGAAAAGAUGGAGAUAUCCUGAACAGCAUCCUGGAGAUAGAUGAAACAGAGUACAGGAACAGAAACCACGCAGGAAGCCAUCCCGCACACACAGCCCCGCAUCCAAGCCAUGCGAAUCUUGCAGCCCACACAAGGCCCAGCAUGAGUAAUAGUGGGAUAGGAUCUGCAGCGCUGAGUGGGGGUAUGGGAGGCAGCACGCCAAAUAGCCACGGAAGCACUUUGGUUAUGAAGGAGGUAACGAAGCUGCGGCUGCACUCGCAGAAGGUAAACAGCAUGUCUGUCUGCCACCGGCACAAGAUACUCAUCACGGGAGGCAUGGAUGCAUCGAUCUGCGUGGUUAAUCUCAUCAACAUGAGCGAUGUGAUCAAAUUUGAGUCGCACACCAUGCAGAUAUCGCAGGUCAAGGUAAAAGACAGCAGUAACUCAAUGGAGCCGUAUAUAUACUUCGGAAGUGCGUCCCUUGACAGAGAAGCAAAGGUGUACAAAGUCAUCAGAGAAGACGAAAAACUAUCAGUUUCGCUUUUUCUCUCACUAAAGGGACACAAAUCUUCUGUUAAAGCCCUGGACUUUGGCGUGUCCAAGAUAUACACGAUAGGAAUAGACGGUGAGCUGAGGAUAUGGGGGAUGGAUGGCGUGUGUCUCGGGGCAUUUGCCCUCAGAAGAACAGUGAAAAUGAUGAUGGCAAGAUCAGACAGCAUGAUUGCAGUGGGGGAUGUGAACUCGAUUUCUUUGUUCAACCCCGAGAGCGCAACAUACAUCAAAGAUAUCAGCAACAAAGGGGCAGUUGCAAUGUACAAAACACAAAGUAAUAAUAUAUUCGUGCUCUCAGAUGGGGUGAUCGUUUACGAUAAAUCUUUCUACACGCAAAACACGAUACCUUUUCCGUCAGAUAAGAUCCAAUGUGCGUGCGUUAUAUCGGGCAGACUCUUCCUGGGCGGCUACCAGAUGGUCUACGAGGUGCAGGAGAAGACAGUCUACACAAUGCAGGUGUACGACGGGAUGGUGAGCGCAAUGGAGGGAACUGUGAUAGGAAGCAGGUCGAUGCUUCUCACAGGAGGACAGAACGGAGAGGUCAAGGUGUGGGAGGUCCUGGAGAGACCAGAGGGAUGA